ACACUCCACCUGGUGGGCAUGGCUCUGCUGGAGGAGCAGCAGCAGCUGGAGAACAGCAGCACAGAGGACGACAUCAUUUUUAACUACACAUCUAAGAUCACACGUCCAGGUGAAGGUCCCAGUACUUCAGGAAGUGUUCUGGCUUUAUUAGAGAGUCUGCAGAACGCACCUCACCUGGAGGUCCACAAAGACAUGAUCACCUGGAUUCUAAAGAUGGUGGGAAACAUUAAAACCAUCAGAGAGCGAACAUCAUCUACAUUCAGCACCUCGGCCAACCAGGGCUGGCAUCUGGAGGAGACGAUGAGGGACAAGGACAAGGCAGAGAGGAAGAGGAAAGCAGAGAUGGCUCGGCUCCGCAGGGAGAAGAUCAUGGCUCAGAUGUCAGAGAUGCAGAAACACUUCAUCAACGAGAACAAAGAGCUGUUCCAGCAGAGCAUGGAGGAGUUGGAGGCUUCCACCUCUGCUGCCGAGCACAGUCCUCCCAGCUCAGAGCUCACCUGUUCCUCUCAGGUGUGCGUUGGUCCCUGGAGGAUGGGCAGGGCAGAGCGCCGUCAGGUGGUCACCUGCAUUCUGUGUCAGGAGGAACAAGAGGUCAAAGGUCACGGCAGAGCAAUGGUCCUGGCAGCGUUCAUCCAGAGGUCCACAGUUCUGUCCAAGAAUCGCAGCCGCAGCCUUCCUAACCCAGAGCACCAUGAGCCCUUAUUCAUGCACCCUGACCUGUCCCUGGGGAUCCACACAGCCAGCUGUGGACACAUAAUGCAUGCCACCUGCUGGCAGAGGUACUUUGAGGCGGUGCAGCUGAAGGAGCAGAGACGUCAGCAGCGUCUCAGAGGUCACACCAGCUACGAUGUGGAGAAAGGAGAGUUUUUAUGUCCACUCUGCGAGUGUUUAAGUAACACUGUGAUCCCCCUGCUGCCGCACACCUGCCCACCUGUCAGCAG